AUGCAAGGUAAGGACAGCCCUGCUUAUGAGACAUCUGUUCUAUGUAAAGGAGUGAAGGAGAGGCCUCUCACAGCCCUCGAAAUGUCCUCCGUAGUUAUCUACUGCUGCACACUCAUGAAUGGGCUUGUGAUUAGAUCAUCUGAGAAGAUUUGCAGUGGAUUGGAACAGAUUAAACGUAGAGUGAAGGCCCUCACGGUUACCCUAGGGAAGUCUGGGCAUUCAGAGGCAGCUACCCAUCUCCACACCUGUCUACCCAUUGCUUUUGAAAUACCAACCUUCCUGACUGUGGAGAAGAAUCUCAAAAAGCGCACAGGUGAAUGGUUCGAGUUUAUGGGUGCUCUUCAAAACAAUGAUACCAUCAAUCUUGCUCCAAGAGUGUUCCCAAAUCUGUCAGCUUCAGCUCUUUUCCAGAGUAAGCUCGAGAGUGCAACGAUGAUGGCAUCCAAGGCACCUGUGAUCCAGCAUUUGACAGAGCCUUUGCUACAACAGGCUUGA